GUUCGAGCUGUCAACAUGAACGCGUUUGGUGUGAUUGUCCUUAUUUUCUCUGCGACCUUAGUUGUGGUGUCAAAUCAGCAAGUGCCAAAAAGUGCUGAUGGCGAGUGCCCUCUACAGGAUAACCCAAGUACUAUAAAUGGAAAAGUUGUGCACAACAUAACAAGGGCUACGUCGUGUGUGAACGGCAGACGGAUGGCAGGUUGCUGCGUAGCCAGAGGCUCAUGUAACUUUACCACGGCACAUGUAGACCUCACACUGUAUGGACCGCCUGGUUUCCGCAUGUUUUGCCAUGAUGUGUGCUGUCCUCUAAAGUAUAUUCUGCCGAUAUCGCUGCCUUCAAAUUCUACGGGUUCUAACAGCGACGACGAUAACGAUUUGGAUAGUGAUAGUGAUGAAAGCGAUUAA